GUCUGCGCUUGCGCGGCGGAGAAACCCGAGUGCGGACCUCGUUGGAGUCUCAUUCUAUCCUCCCACGAGUGGACUGUGUGCGUCAGAGCGCAUGCGCUCCCACGGAUUAAUGUCAAGGCACAAAAGUGGCGCUAUAUCGUUUCCAGCCCUACUCCGGUGGUUGCCUUAGCGAUGGACGGGGAAUCAGAACCCAGGCCUGGUGCGGGGGAGGGGGCGGGGCCUCCCUCGCCACAGCCGCAAGCCACGCCCCCUGAGGCCCCGGAGGAGGCGGAGGCGGUUCCCAUGAUGACAGACGGGGAGGACGGCAACGAGGACGACGACGACGACGUGGUGUUGGUGGGGGAGGGGGCCACUCCCGCCAGCCAGCCCGCUGUCGUAUCCACGGCAACCAGCCCACCUGCCGACGCCUCCAGCUCCUCCGCCAAGGCCGCCCCUGCCACCGCGGGGGCUACGGUUGCCACGGAGCCCAUCGUCAUCGACGACGAAGAGGACUAUGAGCACAAGGAGGAGGGCUCCGGGGGCCCCACGGCGGAGGAGGAGGAGGAGGAGGAGGAGGAGGAGGAGGAGGCCCCCGGCUCCCCCGCCGCCGCCGCCGGGGCCCUUAGCAGCACAGAGCCCGACUCGCAAAUCAGGAUCGCCAGCGUCACCACGCUGGGCGAUGACCCCGCCCCCCUCUCCUCCUCCUCCCCCACCACGGACGAGGCCCCGCCCCCCAAGCUCAUUGCAGAGGAGCUCCCGGCCGACAUGAAGCUGCUGAUCAGCGGGGUGACGUCGCUGCAGGGCGGGCCGCCGGCCGCCACAGCGGUGCCGGAGACUCCAGCAGGGGAGAACGGUCUUCAGAUCAGCAGCACAUUCAGCCUCAACACAGACUCCUCCUCCUCCACCUCCUCCACCUCCUCCAAAGCAAACUCCUCCUUCAACCCUGGGAGGGGAGCAGCCAACAGUAGCCAGCCUGUCUCUAACGGAGACACACACACACGCACAGACUCUUGGAUCUCCCAGUCAGCUUCGUUCCCUCGGAACCAGAAGCAGGGCGGGGUGGACUCCCCCUCGCCGGCCCCCUCGCUCCCUAAACCUCAGGGCCAGUCUUCCUCAUCCUCCUCUUCCGCCGCCGCCCAGCCCCCGGCGCCGCCCCGAACCGUCAAGGUGACCUGUGCCAACUGUAAGAAGCCCCUGAAGAAGGGCCAGACGGCCUACCAGCGCAAGGGCUCCACCCACCUGUUCUGCUCCACCACCUGCCUCUCCGCCUUCUCCCACAAGCCCGCCCCCAAGAAGACCUGCACCAUGUGUAAAAAGGACAUCACCACUAUGAAGGGGACCAUCGUGGCCCAGGUGGAUUCCAGCGAGUCCUUCCAGGAGUUCUGCAGCACGGGCUGCCUGGGGGCCUACGAAAACAAGCAGAACCCCCCCAAGACCGCCAUCAAGACCAAGUGCACCGUCUGCGGCAAGCUCACAGAGAUCCGGCACGAGGUGAGCUUCAAGACGGUGACCCACAAGAUCUGCAGCGACGCCUGCUUCAACGUGUACCGCAUGGCCAACGGCCUCAUCAUGAACUGCUGCGAACAGUGCGGAGACUACCUGCCCAACCGCGCCACGGCCAACCACGCAGUGCUGGUCGACGGCCAGCAGAAACGCUUCUGCUGCCUCAACUGCAUCAAGGAGUUCAAACAGGUGAACAGUAAGCUGUCCAGCUGCUCCAGCUGUAAGACUCUGAUCAAGACGGGGGAGGUCCUGCAUGGCGUGGGGUCCUCAGGGGUCAUGGGGUCGUUCUGUUCGGCUUCCUGUAUGAGCAAACCCAAGGUCGCCACGCCCCUGGUCCUCAACGCAGAGCCCACGUGUCACUUCUGCAAGAGGAUUUCCUUGCCGCAGUUCCAGGCCAUGCUGCCAGAGGGCGACGUGCUCAGCUUCUGUAGCUCCCAGUGUGUCACCAAGUUCCAGAAUGCUGCCGUUGAGACGGUUACCAACGGGCAGCCGCCGGUCGGCACGGCGACCAACAGCAUCCAGCUGAAGUGUAACUACUGCAGAGGAGCCUUCAGCCUGAAGCCUGAGAUCCUGGAGUGGGAGGACAAGGUGCACCAGUUCUGCAGCCGGAGCUGCUGUGAGGACUACAAGAAGCUCCACUGCAUCGUCACCUUCUGUGAGAACUGUCAGGAGGAGAAGACCCUCCACGACACCCUCAACAUCUCCGGGGUCAAAAGACCCUUCUGCAGCGAAGGCUGCAAGCUGCUCUUCAAGCAGGACUUCAUCCGGCGGCUGGGCCUGAAGUGCGUCAGCUGCAACCACUGCAGCCAGCUGUGCAAGCGCAGUGUGACGCGGCAGCUGGGCGGCAUGACGCGCGACUUCUGCAGCGAAUCCUGCGCCAAGAAGUUCCACGACUGGUACCACAAGGCGGCGCGGUGCGACUGCUGCCGGGUGCAGGGCAACCUCACGGAGUCUGUCCACUGGAGGUCUGAGAUGAAGCAGUUCUGUGACCAGAAGUGUCUCCUGCGCUUCUACCUGCAGCAGAACCAACCCGUCAUGGUCACGCAGAAGGGACCGGAGAACAUCAGCCUCGGCGUCGAGGUGCAGGGGGCUAAACUUGGGAUGCUGAGCCAGGGCUCGAUGGUGCAUCCGGGCUUGCUGCGUGACGUAAAGAACAAGGCUGUCCUGUGUAAACCUCUCACCCUGACCAAGGCCACCUACUGCAAACCCCACAUGCAGAGCAAACCACUGCAGACAGAUGCGGAUGACGGCGUGAAGCGGGAGUUCAUCCCUGUGCCCAUCCCCAUCCCCGUGUACAUCCCGGUGCCCAUGUGCAUGUACGCCCAGCUGACGCCCAUGCCCUUCUCCCUGCCCUUCCCCGUUCCAGUGCCGGUGUUCCUACCCAGCUCCCAGCAAGGGGUGGACCAACUGGUCCAGAACAUCACAGACCUGAAGACCAAAGUCCUCCAUGAACCUCUGGAGACCCUUAGACCAGAACCCUCCCAAGACAACCACAUACCAGUUUCAGAAGUAAAACCUCUAAAGCUGAUGAAGGAGCGUGGAGCCGGAGAGUCCUCCUACUCAUCGUCCUCCUCUUGCUCAGGCAGUGUGAGUGAGGAAGAGGGGGAUGAAGAGAAGUACAACCUUGAGAUGGACCUGGAGAAAGACUUCCCACAAGGUCCAGACUCCGACCACAAGGCCACCCAGGAGGACCUAGAGGAGGACAUGGACUCCACGCCUCCCCCUGCCCUGCACAAGGAGGAGAAGGAGAAGGAGGACGAAGAGAAGGAGGAGAAGGAGGAUGAGAAAGGGAAGGAGGCGGAGGUGCAGGAAGAGAAGGAAACAAAUGUAAUUCAAGAGGAGGUGGAGGAGAAGAAGGAAGAUAAGGGGGAGGAGAAAGAGAAGAAUGAAGACGAGGAGAUGGAGGAGGAGAAGGAGACUCAGGAUAAGGAGGGGGAGAAAGAGGAGGAGCUGAAAGAGAAGGAAGAGGAGGAGCUGAAAGAGGAGGAGGAGUCGAAAGAGAAGGAGGAGCCGAAAGAGAAGGAGGAGCUGAAAGAGGAGGAGGAGCCGAAAGAGGAGGAGGAGCCGAAAGAGGAGGAGGAGCCGAAAGAGAAGGAGGAGCCGAAAGAGAAGGAGGAGCUGAAAGAGGUGGUGGAGAAAAAGAUGGAGGAAGCACCUCCCGUCCCUCAGGCCAAGAGACAGGGUCACAAGCGGCGUGCGGUAGAGGCGGGAUCUGUCCCUGCGUCGCCGUCCUCCGUGCAGACUCGUGGUCGGCGUGGGAGGCAGCGGCGCGUCCCGCUGCGGGCACGCUACGGCCUCAACGCCUGGAGACGCUGGGCGCUGUCCCCCGCUGACCAAUCACACGACUCCAAAGAGCCGGACAGCGCCACACCAGCAGACGGGACCCGGUCCAGAGCAGACCUGCUGUCCCUGAGUCCAGAGGAGCUGUGCGUCUCCCUGAGCCGCUUCGUGCAGGAGGUCAGCCGGCCCUGCGGGGGGCGCUACUCCCCAGACAGCAUCCUCUACCUUUGCCUUGCCAUCCAGAAGCAUCUGAAUGCUAAAGGACGAAAUGACGACCUGUUUGGAGACCCAUGCUACCGGCGGUUUGGAGAGGAGUUGGACCGGAUCUUGACGGGCUGGCAGCCCAGUCUCCUUCCUGAUGGCUCCGCGUGGGGUCGUGUGGAGGAGGACUCUCUGUGGCGGAGCCGGCAGCUGGGGGAGCACAGCCCGACCUCCCUGCUCCUCUCCCUGGUCUUCCUGAACACCAAACACCUGGGCUUCCGCUCCGUGGACCAGCACCUCCGUCUCGCAUUCACCGAUGUCUACGGCCCCGACGACCAGCUUCCUCUUACCAAGGAGACCGCCGUCUGCAUCCGCGUGCCCGCCCUCUCUCAGGAACUACCCGGCUGCAGGAAGAGGAAGCGCCAGGCAGAGGAUGAAGACGCCGACGACCUCGAUGAGGCGUCAGGAAGCUCCGCCCCUCGGAGUCCGUCUCACCUCGAACGCGAGCGACGCCUCUAUGAACUCUACAGAACCAAAUGUCCGUCGUCGUUACGGGACAGCUCGAGCGGGUUCUACGUAAGGCCAGUUCCGGGCGCUGGCACCGAAGACCCCCUGUGGUUCAGCUCGGAGCCCCUGGAACAGAGCGCUUUGGUGUCCCUACUUACCCGUGUCCUCGUAGUGCGGGAGGUCUACUCAGACAAACAACGGCACCCCCUACUGGCGGAAGAGGAGGAGGAGGAGGAGGAGGAGGAAAUGACAGCCCCGGACCCUACAGUCUGACCUCUUCACCCAGGGGACACUCUGCGCCAAGCCCCUCCCUCUCCAAACCAUCGUCCUGUUGAGGAACAUGAGGACUGUCUAAGAGGAAGAGGUUGUGUGGUACUCGCUGUCAUCUUCCUUUCUGGGGGGAACCCACCCCAAGCCACAUCUUGCGUUCCUCUUCUCAGAAUAGUAAAAUGGCGGGAAGUGUGAUGGGAGACGAGGCGCCGCACUGAGAUCCUUUCUGGGUCCCCUGUUUUUCUAGGACUGAAAGCGACACCCACAGCCUUGUGUCUGUAGGGCGCCCAGAGCUCAACCUUCCUUCAACAGGUGCACUCUCUCCCAAGACGGCUGCUCUGGUGGAGGCAGCGAGAGAAGACGCCUACCUCCCUUUCCUCUCCCCUGGCCUGUUCCUAUACCUUCAACGCCUAGCAGCGCACCCACUAACGGCGUGCACACGUGUGUCCGUAGUACAUCUGCAUUGUAAACGGGGGUUUCAGUGUUUGACAUCGGCCUAAAUGAGGCGUAAAACCUGUCGUCUGCGCCCAACGCUAACAGAAAUGACAACCGGUCAGCAAUAUCCCCUCCUGCUUAUCACUACCACCACCACCACCACAACGUCACUUAUUCAACCCCUUUAACCAUUAACCCGGAUCUCAGGUCAGCUGCACCCCAUGACUCCCGGUCGCCCUAGCCAGAUAUUAAGGACUUCCUGUCAUAAGUCUCCCCUGUUUGGCUGGCAGAGCUAGCCGCUCUGCUGUGUGUUGUUUAGAAAGAUUAGGACCAUGUAGCAUUAAGUUCUUACUAAGGCUGCUGUGAAGCGUGUGUGUGUGUGUAAAUAUAUAUUCCACAAUUCCUCAACGACGGUGCGGCGUUAAAUGAACCCAAACGAAGCUUGAAGACUAUCCUCCCAAAAAGCCUAAAAACAUGCCUAAGUGUGUGUUUUUUCAUUUUGUGUAGUUAUUAUUUUGCGUGUACAGAGCGCACAUUUGUGCCCCGUUGAGAGCGCAGUGUGUUGGUGUCAUGUCUCACCACCCCCUCCCAACUCUCCCAGAGUGCUUUGCUCCCAUUAGGAUGCUGUAUUAGAUGAGAAGUGUUGCCCCGGCAACGCAGCAUGCUGCGGGACUGUCUAGAGAACUGAUUUUGAUUUUAGUUUCUCUCCUUUAUCAACCGGUGUGUCACUCAUGUAAACUUCAACCUCCAAAACAAUCUUUGUUCCUUUUUCCUGGAUAUUUCUGUUAAAAAAAAAAAAAAGGGUAUGGCACCUGCUUGUUCAGAGUUGUUUUAUUUUGAGGGUAUGUUCAAAGAAGUCGAGCCUUGUUUAAUAAUGAAGUGGAGAUGUAUUUUAUGAUAAAGGAUUUUGUUUGUCAUUGAUCUUCCUCUGGUUCCGCUUGCGACAGUCUUCAAACACAUCAACUUCCUCUUUUAGAGCGCUUCUGUUCUGCAGUUACCAUGGUAACUCACAGAACCAGUCUGUCCAUUGUUUGAUCUGAUUUAUAAUUCACUCAUUAAAGAGCUCGCUAAUAGUUAGCCCACAUAUAUACUGUAUUUAAUUUCCCAUUGUAACAUUACAGGAAAACACGUGUGUGAGGUAUAGCCCUUGGUUCAGGAUCUAGCCUAUCAGAGGGGUUCCCUCCUACCUUCAUCUGGGAGGCUGCAAGAUGGCUGACCAGGCUCCCGAUCUUUCUGCUAGUAGGGGUGAGAGUUGGAGGGUUCUUCCUGCGAUGCCUAUGUGAAUGUGCCUACCUGUAAAUACUGAGGAGUGUUGGUGUCUUAAGUCUGAUGCUGUGUGGGCUGGUCUGCCAAAACGUUAAAUAAAAUGCUUCAUUUCUUACCUGAA